UCAAUAUCUACAGACUUUCCGUAGUGCUUGUAUAAAAACAACACACUUGGAUCCCUUGAAGUUGCUCACCUUCAAAUAACAGGGUGUUAGUUAGGAAUUUAGAGAGAACAGGGAAGAAGAUGAUGCCAUUUCAUAAGAGUUUAGCUGCAGCUUUUCUCGGGUUAUGUCUCUUACUUGCAUCAAUAGGUAAAAUUGAAAGUAGGGAAGCAAGGAAGGACUUAGGCUUAGACUUGGGUGGUGGCCUUGGCCUUGGUAUUGGUGUUGGGGUUGGAGUUGGUGUUGGAGGAGGAGCUGGCUCUGGGUCUGGAUCCGGUUCGGGGUCAGGUUCGGGCUCAGGGUCAGGCUCUGGAGCUGGAUCAUAUGCAGGUUCAGGAGCUGGAUCAUAUGCUGGAUCUGGUGCUGGGUCAAGUUCUGGCUCAGGUCAUGGUUCAGGUCAGGGAAGCGGUCGUGGAUCGGGUUCUGGUUCUGGUUCUGGUUACGGGGAAGGUAAUGGACAAGGCUCAGGUUCAGGCUCAGGCUAUGGAGAAGGCCAUGGAUAUGGUUCGGGCUACGGUGGUGGUAACAACUGAUGGCAAUUUCCUUGUUUGAACACAAGUAAUGUUAUGCUAAUAUAGAUGCUAUAUGUUUGGAUGUGUAUCGAGAAUUUGCUUGAAUAAAUGGGAGAAAACCCUCUUUCUUCUCCACCCUUUUAUUUUA